GGAUUUGGGUGGCAUCGAGAGAGAGAGAGAGAGAGACAUACAGACAGAGCACGUGCUUUUCGAUUGGGAUGGCCAAGAUGACGAUGGUAGGGAAAAUUCCGACGGAUCGCUGGAAUCCGGCGGGUUUAGAGGGUGAUGUUGAAUUUGCCGGCGAAGGGGUGAGCCUUGCAGAUAUGGUUCUUGGGUUCUUUGAGGAGGGCGAAGGGUUGCCGGAAAGAUGUGGGAACGACGGCGAGAAUGAGGACGGAGACGGUGAGGACGGGCAGAAUUCGGGCGGUGAGGUUGAAAAGAAGGCUUUCUGGUUGGAACAGGAUCAGCUGCUCAAGGGUAUCUUGUGCCGGAGCAGCUCACUGGAAUCGAGGAUCCGACACGACACGGAGCAGGCACUGAGAGAAUCGCGGUCGGUUGGGCCCGUUUGCGUCUGCCCGAGACCCGUUACGGGUGGGUGCCGGAAUUGCUUGCUGAGAGACGUAUCAGAGAGGCUUCGUAACGCAGGAUUCGAAAGCCAUAUCUGCAAAUCCAAGUGGAGGAGGUCACCCGAUAUUCCGUCAGGCGAGCACACCUACAUCGAUGUCAUGGCUACGAGUGCGAAGAAGGCGAUGGUGCGGGUCAUCAUCGAACUGGACUUCCGAGCCGAAUUCGAGAUGGCGAGAGCGAGCCCAGAGUACAACGGGCUAAUCGACCACCUCCCACAAGUGUUCGUCGGCAAGGCCGAGAGGCUACGGACAAUGAUCAAGAUCUUGUGUGGGGCGGCGAAGAAGUGCAUGAAAGAGAACAAGAUGCACAUGGGGCCAUGGAGGAAGCACAAGUACAUGGAAGCUAAGUGGCUGGGCACGUGUGAGAGGAUUGCACCCGUGCCACUCUUCUCCACGGGCUUCUCCGACCGGCAGCGGAAGCUAAAGGCUUCCAUGCUGACGUUCGACUUGGUGGAGAAGCUGCCGAGCCUGCAUUGCACUGCGGUGGAAGUGGUGUAGCUUGUAAGUGUAGGAGCGUACGUACGGUUAUGAUUUUUUUGACACGCUUGUGCAGCACGUGUAUAUCACUUGUUAGUGUAUAUAUUUGGCUUGUAACAAUAAAUGGAAAGGGCAAAAUCAUUCGCACGUGAGAAAUACAAAACGGAUUCCUGUCAA